ACAGUCAAUACAUGCAAACAACAUGACCGAACCUACACUAAACUUCCAUAUACAAACGCAUCAAACACAAUUCCGUGUUCCUAUUGAACUAGUCAAGAAGAAUUUCAAGAAUGUCCAGAAAUUAAUCGAGAAACAAAAGAAGCAAACGGGUGACGAAGUAGCCAAGAUUACUAAGAAUCCAAACCUACCUACCACUAUGAAAUUGGCCAUGAUUAAGAAACUAAUCAAACAGUUUGAAAGUUUCCAACACAAACUAAAAGCAGCGGUUGCUAGAGAUGAAGAAUUACGUUCAAGAUUACUGGCUCGGUUGGAUAAUUUGCGGGAAUUAGACAAGUAUUGUAUUGUCAACGGCAAUGCUAAAAAGAAUAGGGAAGAUCUGGCUGAAGAAGAUUCAGUGGGUGAGAAUGAUAAACUUUUAGAUUUACACAAUCCAAACUUAUUGAAUUGGUAUCGAGAUCAAACCAAUUUAUUGAUUAUUGACUACUUAAUCAAAUCUAAUUCCAGAACCGAUACAAACGGUGGGAUAUUACUACUCCAUAGUUUAGCCCAGACUAAUCCUAAAUUUAUGAAACUCAUUGAUUUUGACUUGUUCGAAAAUUUUAAUAAAGUGUUUGUAUCCAUAGUGGAACAUCACGAUUUGUCAUUGGUUAUAUCAUGGUUCAAUGAGAACAAAAACUUUCUUAAAAAGGGUAAUUCCAAUUUAGAAUUUGAAAUUAAUUAUUGCAAGUUUUUGAGUUUGAUUGAGAAAGGUGAUAUUAACGAAGCUAUCAAGUUUUCCCAUAUAAACCUUUCACCUUAUGGAAAUAAAGAGAAUUAUCAAGAAAAUGAUAAUGGAAAUCAUUUAGCUAAUUUGAAAAGAUUAAUGGGGAUGGGAGGAUUACUUGUAUUUAGAUCGAUGGAAAGUAAUGAAAAGGCAAGUGAACCUAUGACUUUUUCAAGCAAUUUAAUGAUUAAUUCUCCACAAUUUCACGAAUAUCAAAAAUUACUCUCUGAUGAACGAUGGGAAAGUUUAUCUCGUUGUUUUAUUGAGAAUUUCACAAAGUUAUAUGGAAUAAGCAAGAAUUAUCCAAUUUUCAUAUACCUUUCAGCAGGAUUGUCAAGUUUAAAGACAAAAUCUUGUUAUUAUAAUAAUGAAAAUACAAUUUUUAGAGAUGAAAAUUUACCAAUACCUAAUGUACACAAUCAUAAUGCUACAGUGCUUACAGAUGAGAAAUAUCGUGGUCCAAAUUACUAUUACAAAUUACUAAACAAGAUAAACAAUUGUCCAGUUUGCUCACCAGAAUUAUACAAGUUGAGUCGUAAUUUACCUUAUGCUCAAUUAAUUACCAGCAUUUUCAAUAAUCCAUUCAUAUUACCAAAUGGUAAUAUCUAUCCAUUUGACAAGUUGCUUAAUCCUUCUGAUAAGCAUCUUUCGGAAAAGAAUACAUUGUUGAGAAUGGGUAGAGUCAAGGAUCCAUUAACCAAGGAAACCUUUUCUAUAGAUGGCUGUACAAGAGUAUUCCCUGCAUAGUUUAAUAUAUCUAAUCACUAUCACUAUCAUCCUUAGUUUGUUCCUGCUUCUUUUUGAAUUUUUCAAAAACGUAAAUUCUGGCAUUUCUUUCUUCAGCAGGCUUAGUAGUAUCUCUGGUACUAUUUGUUCUUCUAUGGUGAUAUUCUGGAAACAUGGCCCAAUCAAAUUUUCCUGAUCUUUCAACCUUGUAGUCUUGACUUUUUCCAAUAAUUUUAAUACCCCAUGAAUUAUAUGGUUCUCCUUCAAACGUAGAAAGAAUAAUCUUUCCUUCAGUUGGGACACUGUAGCCCGCAAAAUCGUUCUUGCUUGUGUCAUUAACAAUAUCAAACACUUGUUUACAAUUUUUGAAAUAUUCCAAGAUCAAUUUUUGGUGCUCACGAAUGUUUCUAUCCACGUCCUUUAUACCUUUACCAGUAUGAGGGAAAUUGAACAUUAUAUAGUUCAAUUGGGACCUAUCAUCAAACAACAGUGGUGUCUUACCUGACUUUUUUGUUUUGCUGUUAGCUAUAAGUUUCAAACAUUGUGGUAAGUUUGUCGUGUCAACUUCAUGGAUUAACUUCACACCUUCCUCAGUCAAUUCAUCAAGGGUUGAUUGUACAUUUGGAUAUUUCUGAUUAAGUUCUUCAACCGAGUCAUAACUGGUGGCUAUCAAAUUCUGAGGUUGUAUAAAAUUCUGCACUAUUAAAGACUUUGCAAACGAGAAAUCACCUUCACCAAUAAGCAAUACUCUGUCAUCAACGGUGAAUGGCAUGAGGCCCUUAACCUGUUGAGGUUGAUUAUGUUUCUUUGGUACUUUUUUGAUGGAUUUCGCCUUGUUGAGUUGGUUCUCUUUAGUUAUUUCGGCAUUCUUUUGAAGCUUCUUUUGGAGAUUGUCAGAUACUUGAUGUCGAGCAAGGGCACCCUUUAGCCCUUUACCUUGGAGAUUUUUUCCCUUAAGUUUUCUAACCAUUUCU